CGGUUGUAGCUCCAGGCCUCGCGGCGGCAGCAGCACGUAUUUUCACGGAUCAGAAUGUGACGUCACCAUUCUAAUGCGGAAGUGGCUGUCAGGAUGAGAUGAGACGAGCCGUGAGAAAAGCCUGUUAAGUGUUUAAACUUAUACCAAAUAUUGAGAUAAGCAGCUAUGAAGACUGUGUUUGUUACUGUCGGCACCACGAGCUUCGAUGAGCUCAUUGAAAGUAUCACGAGUCCAGAGACCGUUCAGGCUUUGAAGGCUCGUGGAUAUGAGCGUUUAGUCCUUCAGGUUGGGAGAGGGUCUCUUCUUCCAUCUGCUGACAGCUGUCCGCACAUCACACUGGAGGCUUAUCGAUUCAAAGACUCGAUAGCAGAAGACAUCAAGUACGCCGACCUCGUCAUCAGCCACGCAGGAGCAGGAAGUUGUUUGGAGUCGCUCGGUGCCGGAAAAUCUCUGCUGGUCGUCAUCAACAACAAACUGAUGAACAACCACCAGCUGGAGAUGGCCAGACAGCUGCAUAUGGACUCCCACUUGUUGUACUGCUCAUGCAGCACCCUGACAGAAACUCUGAGGAUGAUGAAUCUCUCCGUUCUACAGCCCUUUUUGCCUGGACAGCCCAAGAACUUUGCAAAUUUCCUCGAUAAAGCCCUUGGUGUUCAGUGAAACUCUACUGGACUGCUUGUUUUCUGUUACAUAAUUAUAUUUGUUCAAAUAGGUAGUAGAUUGUGAUAUCUGGUCCUUUUUAUUUUGUUUGUACAGCAAACUUUUGAAUAAUUGAGUGCUUGUUUGAAAUGUUGUAUAUUAAAAUAAUAAUAUAUUAUAUUAA